ACCGGUGAGCGAGGACGCCAUCCAACUCCCGCUGCCGGUAGUCACUAGUUGAUUCCGCUGCCGGGAUCCAUCUCUCUCCCCACAUCCUCAACCUCUCUGUGAUGUUCUUCUGCAAAUCGAUGCACACAUACUAACUGCUGAACCACUUACAUUUCUCUCAGAUCUUCGUUUUAGUGCACUUGUUGCUUCUUUGAUAUAGUCCUGUGUUUCAUGGAGUGCAGCCUGCUACUCUGUGGGCAUGCCCACGGGCAGCGGCUGCCCUCCGGCGAUGGCCAUGGCCGAAGAGCCAUUCGGGCUGAAAAAAACUGGCAGGGAACCGUUACCCCGCCCCAUCAGCCCCGAUUGCCAUCACUACUCUGCUCCCAAACCCCUCUUCUGCUUUCUCCUCCCACCCUUAAACCCCAGCCGGCCCGCCGUCGCCGUAAUGCCUCGCCUUGUUGUCUCCCCGGUACUUCGUCCAUGGCAACAAAGCAUCACGUAUCGGCCGUGAUCUUUGAUCUGGACGACACCCUCCUGGACACUGAGAGUGUAACAAGAGGCGUCUUGAACGAUUUCCUCGCGACAUAUGGGAAGUCAGCGGACGCGGAAAAGGAGGAGGGGAGGCUGGGGCAGAGUCACAGCGAGUACGCGGCUGGGAUCAUCGCAGAUUACGGGCUGCCGCUCACUCUCGAGGAGUACUCUGAGGCAAUAUUCCCCUUGAAUCUCAAAAGCUGGCAGAAGGCAAAACCACUUCCUGGGGUUAGAAGACUUCUCAAGCAUCUUCACAAGAAUGGAGUACCGCUGGCACUUGCUUCCAACUCCGAGACGAGAAUUAUCCAUCAAAAAAUACUCAAACUAGAAGAACUGAAAGACUAUUUUUCUGUGGUUCUUGGUGUUGAUCAGGUUCCUCGUGGAAAACCUUACCCUGACAUAUAUCUGGAAGCUGCAAACAGACUAGGUGUAAAUCCAUCAUCAUGCUUGGUCAUAGAAGAUUCUCUUGUUGGAAUCCGGGGUGCCAAGGCUUCUGGGGCAAAGGUAGUCGCUGUUCCAUCACUCCAAACUGAAAAGCAACAUUACUCAAUUGCCGAUCAUGUCCUCUGUUCACUGCUGGACUUCCAUCCUGAACUAUGGGGUCUUCCUCCAUUUGACGAUCGCAUUCAAGGUGCAUUGCCCAUGGAUCCAUUGUACUCAAAUGCUCACAUAGGAAAUGUGAUCUCAAACAAUAUUCAUAUGAUAGUAGCAGGUGAACAUACCUACGACUCUGUUCCUGGCCAAUUAUCAGGAAUUGUUUUUGGUUGGGCCAAGUUAGAACCACAUGGAGUAUCUACGGUGGUUGUCAGCAUUGGGUGGGACAUUUCGCCGCCGGCUGUUGGAAGAGUGAUGCACAUAUGUUUUCUUGAUCCCUGCUGCAAUGCCAAAUCAGGGGAGCCACUUGAGCUACUGUUAGUUGGUUACAUCCGGGAGCUCCAAAGCACGGGAAGUACUACAUCUCAAGCAUUGAGCAUUACUGAGGAAGACCAAAGCAUCGCGAGGGAUGCACUGAACCUCCCAGCCUUCUCCGAACUAGAGGAGCUAACGCUCUUCAGUGCGCCUGGGAAGGAAUCAUCCGAGUGAUUUGCCCUAUUCGUUCUAACGCACUGGGCGGUGCAGUGUGUUUACUGGAUGUGAUUAGAUAUAUCUAAAAUGUACACGAUCAGCUGCAAGUUAGAAGCUACAUCUCCAAGUCUUAUAAACACACGGAGUUGCUAUAGCUUAUAUGCAAUAAAAAGAUGUAAAAAAGUUUGUUCAUUUAUCAUGACGUGUAUGUG